CAAUGUCAAGUGUCACUUCUAAAUUCCAAUAAAAAAUAAACAAUUCUAGUCUGUUCUUCCAAUUUGUUGUGUAUGACUGUAUACACUGAAAAUAGAAAUAUUGAUAAUUCAGUUGUAGAUAUAAAACAGAUCUUAAAAUGAGUGAUUGGCAAUUAGAAUGUACGGAAUUAAAGCAAAGAGGUGCAUAUCUUUUGCAAUCUGGCCAGUGGUCGGAUUGUACCUUCUUGGUGGGCACGGAGCCCCACCAAGUGGUGAUCUCUGGUCACAAAUUGAUCUUGGCGAUGUCGUCCCCCGUAUUCGAGGCCAUGUUUUACGGUGGGAUGGCGGAGAGGAAUGAACCUAUACCUAUUUUGGAUGUGCAAAUUGAAGCAUUUAAAGCAUUACUGGAAUACAUCUACACUGGUAAUAUAAACAUAAGUUCAUUUGACAAAGCAUGUGAGUUGUGCUAUGGAGCUAAGAAGUACAUGCUGCCGCAUCUUGUUAAGGAGUGUACCAGAUAUCUCUGGUCAGAUCUGUAUCCAAGAAAUGCUUGCAGAGCGUAUGAGUUUGCAAGGCUCUUUGAAGAAAAUGUCCUUAUGGAUAAAUGUAUACAGAUAAUUAGCACAAACACUAAAGAGGUUCUAAAUGACAACAGUUUUGAGGAAGUGGAAUUAAACACAGUUAUAACAGUAUUCUCCCUGGAUCAUCUGAAUGUUGACAGCGAACUUGAUCUAUUCGAAGCAGCUGUAAGAUAUGCUAAAGCAUUAGACAAAAGGACAACGGAGAGAAGUGUCAGUCCUCCCGCAGAAGUCGUAGAACCCCAAAAGAGUCCGGCACCAUCUACUUCUAACGAUCAAUCAGAGCCAAGUACCGCUGUAGUAACAAUUGAGCCAAAAGUAGUAAACAUAGAAAGUAGUGCAGAGAACAGUCCGGAAGCUGUAACAGAGGCUUGUCGGACAGACAGUGACCAGCCUGAGAUUGUGUCAGAUCCUGUACCUCCACCUGAAGAGCCUAAGAAGACGAGAGAUGGCAAAGAAAAACCGACAAUCCGCAGCGCAAUAGAGAAGAUAAGAUUCCUGACGCUUACACCUCAGCAGUUUGCUGAAGGUCCAGCUCGCUCCUCAUUACUAACAGAAUCUGAAGCGUUUGCGGUGCUCAUGAACAUCCUCUCCAGUAACUCGGAUGUGCCCAUGCCCAGAGGAUUCUCCACUUGCAGAGUGCCCAGAAAACAGCUGAUUGGUGGAGGACCUUCUUGUAAUAUGCCAACAUUCACGGUGGACACGCCAAGCCCCGUGUCCGUGGAACAGGCCUGGAACAUCCCCAUGCCCUGCUACAUGUACCAGCGUCCGCCACGACAUGACGCAAUGCGUCUUUCAUCAAUGGUGAACAACCAGUCUCUCUCGGGGCUGGGUGUGCCGGAGCCUGCGCUGGACCUCAACAAGAUCUACUGCCAGCGCCCGCUGAUACAUCACACUGACUGCAUGAACACCAGCAUCCUGGAUUGUUCGGCUACAUUCAUGGUUGAUAAGAACAUCUGUCUACUGGGCGUUCAGGUGCCAACGCAAGCCCCUAGUGAAGAGGCGGGCGGUACUAACUCUGGUGUGGUGGGUGGUGGUGCGGGUGGCGCGGGAAGUGCGGGCGGCUACUGCGAGCUGCUGUACGCUCACCUGCUGGAUGCGGACGGUGCUCGUCUGACUUACACGCACUAUACAGGCCGCGUACCAUACCGACAUCUGCUAGACAUUAUGUUCAACAGACCUGUAUAUAUACAGAGGAAUAAGGUAUACAAGGUUGGUAUAGUGUUCAACAAAGUUGGAUGGUACCCGAUGGGUCGGUGUGCUCAGCAAGUGGCCACUGACUCCGUCUUCUUCAACUUUGGUGUGGGUCAGAGCAGUGACUCUGUCCGGGAUGGGUUGAUACGAUCCAUUAUAUUCACCUAUUAACACGUAGUUGACACGGAUGAAGAGGUAUUGUGGAUAUACUGAACUGUUAACACAUUUAUUGCUAGCAAGUUUGUUUUCAUACUAAAUAAUAGUGGCAUAGAAUGUGUUAAGCGUAAACUAUGAUAUAAGAGUAAUUUAGUGAACCGUGUGACAAAAUCGUAAACUAAAAAUCCGUAGGAAAAUUACUGUAACAAUCAUAAAAACGUGUUGUUUCUUUAUUUUUCUCAGAUAAAGCUUAAGAUGAACUUUUUAUGUGAAUGUUUCAGUAUUAUAAACUGAUUGGUACACAAUUGUAAAUAUACCAAAAACACUUAUUAUGAAAUAAGGCACUGAAUAUCUUGUUAUUUAUUUUAAAA